UGCUAUUCUGGAUGAUCAGCAAACCUAACUAACGCAUUCAUUCUCUUUCACUCAUUAUUUUUCUUUUCUAGUUAGGCUAAACGAGUUCCAAGCAGCGAACCGCAAAGCAACCCGCGCCCCCAAAUCCCAAACCAGCGAAUCCGAACUCUGCCUCUCAAAAAAAAACUAGUAUUUUUCUAGUACGCACGCUUAUACGCACGCACGCACGCACUUUCGAGAAAAAAAAGCUCGUAUUUGUCCAUUUCACCGCCACGCGCGAUGACAACCCCAGUCUCGGGGUCUUCACUCCCUCAGACCCGAGACGUACAUCAACACAAUCAUUUUCACCACUCUAGAGAAAGCCACCACCAUCAUUACCACCACCAUACCCACCACGCUCGUUCUCAAAAUAGUAACAAAAGGGGCCAUAAGCGCACCGAUUCGGAACCCACCACAAUUAUAGAAACCGUUUCCGUUCUCGAGCUUAUCGAUUCCUCCGGUGCCCCCGUUACUUUUCAGACCCUCACGCCAUCCGCAUCAACAUCGAUACCGAUAUCGAUAUCGGCAUCAACAUCAACGUCGACAUCUUCAACGUCAUCGACGUCUUCUUCGUCCAGCUAUAUAUCUAGCUCCGAACCGGACGUCACUGUCGACCCGAGCACAACAACUACUUCGACAACAAGUUCUGUAUCUGCAUCCGUACCUGCAUCCGUACCUGUAUCCGUACCUGUAUCCGUAUCCGCUCCAGCCUUACCUACUACCACUUCUACCCCGGAAGCUAGCGACGAUGAAGGCGACAGCCUCUCCUCUUCGACUUCCGUCCCUACGAUAGACCCGACCGUAGCACCGUCGGAGUCCUCGAUGCCUACUACCUUUCCCACUUUAUCUUAUUCGCCUUUGACGUCCACUCCUUUAUCAGGCUCUCCCGUUUUUCCAUCUUUUGCUGGCGUGACUAACACAACCCAAUCUUCUUCGUCCACCUUUUCUUCCAACAAUACCAGUUCUACUUCGCAACUUCCGUUUUCGGCAGAGGGUUUCAAUACCUCUGUUUCCGGGUCAUCUAGUACUAUACUUCCGUCUGAUUCUUCUUUCACUUCAUCUACGCCGACCAGUACCACUCGCUCUAGCCCCUCAUCAACUACAUUCAGUUCUUGGGGAGUACCUAGUCAGACGGACGGUGGUAAUGACGGCGCCGGCAAUGCACAGCCAUCAUCCUCGAGCGCCGUAGCGACCGAUGGCGACUCUAGUUCGAGCGGACCCGAUUCGGCCACGGUCGCGGGAAGCGUUCUGGGAGGUGUGGCUGCACUUGCAGGUAUUUUGAUUCUUGCUCUCUUCCUCCUGAAAUGGAAGAAGCGCCAGAACACCCGUAAGCUUAUGCGGGGCUCCAUGAGCGAACGAGGCCCUGGUGGCGGCUUGGUUGGAAAUUCCGGUCCCGGCGGAGGCGACGGCGUUAUGUCUGAAAGACGGCGUUCGAUUCCCUUUGCGAUCCCCGCUGCUCUCGCCAACUUGACCGGACACAAACGAUUCUCCGGACGCAGCGCCGCCUCGGCAGAUGGAGGCGAACGAGGGUUUUCAAAGGUUUCGGGUAGGAAGUUACCACCGGUCAUCCAGUUCGGCGGAGACGGCUACUCGGAUCCCCGCGACACUAUAUUAAGCGACCAGUCCGUCGAAUAUCGAGACUCGACCUUCCCUGGAUUAGGUGGCGGGCUCGCGCCGACUAGGCUAGCCGUGGGUGCUCCGAUGCGGCCGGAAAGCGGAAUCCCCGUCUUUAACCCGGGACCGGCUCGGACCCCGAAGACGGAGCAGGCACCGUUCAGUCCCGUUUCAGACAACAACUCACCCCUUGCGCCUCCCUCCCUAGAUCCACUGGGAAGAUCCCACCCUUCUCACGAUGGGUCGAGUCGUUCCCACGGAUCAACCUCCCGGUUUACCGAGGAGUUAUGACCUGGAUAGAUACCCUGCUACCUUUUUUUUUUAUCUUAACAUCCUUACUCGUGUAUAUUUCGCUUUUUUUUUCUUCUCUUUUUUGAUGAUACCUGUUUGUUAUUUCGUGUCGAUAUAUUAUCAUUCGUCACGGCAUCGGGUUGGCGUUGACAUUUGAAGUAAAAU